UUGAGUUUUGGCAGUCGUGGGAAGGCCCGUAAACAAGACCGUCGGCCGUACCGACCUCCACGUAAAAAAACGACCGUGUUUACGGUCCGACCGUCGGCCCGUCCGUAAAUACGACCGUGGCCGUCCUCUCAUCCGCAUACGAGGAGACUUCAACGUUGACUUCCCCAGACGGGGAAAAUAUGGAUUUUGGGUUUAAUGACAUUUUGACAAGGUGUAAAUAUUAAAAGAAACCCGUGUUUUAUCAUGAAAACCACGGAACGUGCUAUGAAGAUAAAGUUUAAAGAUGUGUGAGCUGGGCUGAUUUCACGAGGGCUGUCGUGUAAUCUCGAAAAUAUGGGAAUGUGCUGCAGCCGACACAACACCGACGGUGCCAGACCGUUGAUGUACCAACAAGGCUACAAAAUGGGCAUGGAAAUGGGUGUAGCCGAGUCUAGAUACACUCCGGAUCCAAACCGACCAGGCCAGCUGAAAAGGCAAGGCGUCGAUAUUAUUAGGACGCCAACGACGCCAUCGGAAUACAGAGAUAGACAAGUUCAAAGCCAGACCAUGGCUCGACAUAAAAUAGUCGUCGCGGUUUACAACUACCAAAGCAGGGAAGCGUCUGACGUCAGCUUUGUCAAGGGCGACAGGAUGGAAGUUCUAGAUGACAGUGAGUCAGACUGGUGGAAAGUAAGGCACUUAAGGACUGGCGAUGAAGGACUUAUCCCUUGGAAUUUUGUAGCUCAAGAAAAGUCUGUCGAGAGUGAAGACUGGUAUUUUGGUAAAGUAUCGAGAAAAGAGGCCGAGAAAUUUUUGAUGGCUGAGGAAGAGCCAAGGGGAACGUUUUUAGUCAGGGACUCUGAACACAACCCGAGUGGAUAUUCGCUUUCUGUCAAAGACUGGGAGCAGACACGAGGCUAUCAUGUCAAACACUACAAAGUGAAACCGUCGGGUGACGAAGGCUAUUUUAUAGCAGCAAACAAAAUAUUUCCAACACUCCCUGCCCUCGUUCAAGCUUACACAAAAAAUGCCUUAGGCCUGUGCCAUGUUUUAUCGAAACCUUGCCCAAGGCCUGAACCUCAGAUUUGGGACCUGGCUCCUCAAUUGCGUGAUCAUUGGGAGAUAGACAGGAGCGAAAUUCAGCUCAUUCACAAACUCGGCCAAGGGAAUUUUGGCCAAGUUUGGUAUGGUAAGUGGAGAAAUAGUAUCGAAGUGGCCGUGAAGACAUUGAGGCAGGGUGCAAUGUCGACCCAGGCUUUCCUUCAAGAAGCAGCCAUUAUGAAGAAAUUCCGGCACGACCGGCUUGUCGCUUUGUACGCCGUCUGUUCAAAACAGGAACCGGUUUACAUCGUCACCGAAUACAUGAAGAAUGGCUCGUUGCUCGGAUUCCUCAGGAACGGUGAAGGGAAAGACCUAGCCCUUCAAGACCUCAUAUAUAUAGCUUAUCAGGUGGCGAGUGGUAUGAGUUAUCUGGAAAUGAAACAGCUCAUACACAGAGACUUGGCGGCAAGGAAUGUCCUUAUCGGAGAAAACAACAUUGCAAAAAUCUGUGACUUCGGCCUCGCGAGGGUAAUCGAAGACGACGAGUACUGUCCCAAGCAGGGGUCAAGGUUUCCUGUGAAAUGGACAGCUCCUGAGGCUAUCGUCUACGGUAGAUUUUCAAUAAAAUCGGACGUCUGGUCGUACGGAAUUCUCUUAAUGGAACUCUUUACGUAUGGGCAAGUCCCAUACCCUGGUAUGCACGGUAGGGAGGUGAUCGAACAGAUCGACCGAGGGUACAGAAUGCCGAAACCGACCUCGCACCACAUACCCGAUCCUAUAUACAGGAUCAUGCUUCAGUGUUGGGAAGCGGAUCCGGAAAAGCGUCCCACGUUCGAGUUCUUAACGUCGUACCUCGAAGAUUUCAAUAUAGCAUCUGAAAUCCCAUAUCGAGAUGUGUCCGAUUAAUUUUUUUUUCUUUUUGACGACGUGCCAAUUGCGGAAAAGUUUCCCAGAGGUUACAAAAGUUGCAAAAACAGGGUCAAAUUUUUCAAUUUUUGGGCGAUCACGGAUGGUGAUGUGUUUUUGUUUUUGUGCUUUUUUUUUCCCAAAAACCCCCUCCCCCCACCCGAAUUUCACUUUGAAGAGACUGUGCCUUUAAAAUUUUCUGCCUUCUCACACAAUUUUUCAAAGAGGAGAGAGAGGAAAAAAUGCUAUUGUUCUAAAAUUUAACGUACAUGUGUUAAUGUACAAUGAUCUCAAGAAAGCACAAUUUAAUUUAAUUUUUUUUUCGCUUUUUUAUUUUUUUUAAAUAGUAAUAUGUGCGGACUGAUUAAUUUGUAGCGUGAAGCAUUGCGAAUGGCAAUCGGCGUUAAUAAAUGUGUGAAUCUCUUCAUAUCAAGUCUUUGCUUGACAUCCAUGCAGUUCCUAACCAUAAUUUAAAAAUAAAAUAAAAUAAAUAACAAAAAUACAGAUAUUCAAAAUAGCCUGUGAUUUUUAUGUAAAAAAAGAACAUUAGGGUGUCCGGAUUUGAAAACAUUUGAACAGACAAGAAAGUGUCCCUGCAUCCCUUCUAUUUUCAACAAUAUGGGUAGUGUAGAUCAUAGAUUCUCAGCCUUAUUCUAUGCUUAAUUAUUUAUUUUUUGUUAAAGGUGCUUUACUAAUCGAGUAAUCAUUUAAUAAAAUGGCAUGUGAGUUGCUUUGUGAAAGCAUAUUAACCCAGCAAAUGUUUUUCUUUUUUAAUACCAUUUUAUUGCAUUGUUUAAAAAAAAGUUGCUCCGCAGAAUAAAGAUUGUGAUUGAGAUGAUAAAUUAUGCCUUUUUUCAAUCGCCAAAAAUAUUAGUAUGAGCAAAACUGUGCCAUCUGAAAGUUUUCCCCCUCAGAUCAACACAGCGAAGAAGAUUGAGAGAGAAAUAAGUGGCGAUAGUUUUUUUCUUUUGUACUAAAAAAAUUGCAACAAAUUGUGUUCUCUUGAGCAUUUCGCUAGUCACACUUUUAACAUUUUGGACUUUACCCUCAUUGAAUUUGCUUAAGAAUACAAAUUCACGUGAGGGGAAAAAAUCAGGAAUGACAAGGUCUCUAUUGUAAAUUACAAAAAAAAAAAAAAAAUGCUUCUCUACUUUGUACCAAUCAAAGGUUUUGCUAAUUUAGUGAUAAUCAUUAGUCAAAAAUUUUUUCAUUUUUUUACAUGUACAAUUUAAAAAUAAUUUUUUCUGUUAUUAAAAUUUAUACUAAAAAAAAUAUAAAUAUAUAUAACUAGUAUCAAAAGUAAUAUGUAUGUAUUUGUCUGUGUACACAAUUUUGUGGAAAUCAAUGCAUUUAUUUACAAUUUAGAAUAGUAGCGUUUAACUUAACAUGUUAUUAUUUUUUUAUAUUUUUUCCAAGUUUUCUUGUACUCAAUAUGAUUUAAAAUAAAUAGAAUGUUUAUUCAUUGUCUUAUUA